AUGUACAUGUUAGAAAGAAAUUAUACCUCUAUCAAUAGUACCAAGAGAGAUGUUGAACUCAAUCCUGGUCCGAUAAUAGACAAGGAGCUUACUUUGGCAGCUGUCAUAAAGAUAUUUGUUUCUUCUGCUCAGCAUUACAUGCUAAUAGGAGCUGGUUUGGGUGUAAAUGUGGUUGAUCUGAUGCCAAUGCCAGGAGCAACUAAAAAUCUUAUUAUUGUAUUCCAGAGGUGGUUUGAUGCUGAUAAAGAUGUCAAUUGGGAUACAUUAAUAAAACUGUGUGAUGACUUUCCUGAUCAACUUGGUGAAGCAAAAUCUAAACUUCUGGAAUAUAUAGGCAAGGGAGGCUUGGCAACAAGCAAUGAGACAACACAAGGAAUUGCUGAAAAGGAAAAGAUUGAUUCAAAGUACCGUGAACCACUUGAUAGUGCAGCAAUCGGCCAAGACAAGACUAUCAGUGAGGACCAAAAGUCAGAUCCACCUCCAGAUGUCAGCAAAUAUUGCCCAAAACUGGAGGACAUUGAUCAUGAGAACAAAAUGAAAAAAAAAUACAUCACACAACUGACAAAAGAAGAAAAGGAAUUUAUAAAAAAAGUCAAUGUCAUUCUGGUGACUGCCAGACUUGUAGAAUACCGUGCUGUGAUGGGUGCAACUGAGCCUCCUAGUAGUGAUGGUAAAUAUAUUAAAGUUGUCACUACAGAUCAAUCGGCAAAUUUCAUCCUGGGGAAGUAUGGCCCAUGUAAUGUUGCAGUGAUAAUAACAGGCCAGGGUCCAAAUGAAACUGAAAGAAUUCUUAGUUCAGUACAAAAUGAUGUGAAAGCUAAGUAUGUCAUUGCUAUUGGGAUAUGCUAUGGAGCAAAGGAGGACAAAACUGAAGAACUUGGUGAUAAAACAAAAUUAGCUGACAUUAUUGUUGCCAAAAGCAUUGCAGACAUCACUGAGAAGCGUUAUGAAGGACCCGAAUUGAUCAUUAAUACAAAAGAAUACCAGUGUGGAAGGGAACUUUGUAAUUUGCUUAGUCAAGAUUGUCUAUUUACAUUUGAAAGUAAAUCAGUUAAAGUUCACGUUGGUGUCUUAGCCUCUGAGUUCACACAGUUUCGCAGUGAAGAUGAAAAACAGAAAAUAUUUAAACAAGUUCCACAAGCGCUUGGAGGAGAAAUGGAAGCAAAUGGAAUAAAUCGGGUUGCUAAGAGAGAAGGAGGAUUUGAAUGGAUCGUCAUAAAAUCUAUCGUUGACUGGGGAAAUGAAGAAAAAAACAAAAUGUGGCAACCGUUUGGAGCUGUCUCAUGUGCAAGGUUUGUUCAAAAAUGCUUGAGAAAUCUACUAAGUAAUGAUGACCCAUUUAAUUAUGGCAUGGAUGAUGUGGAAAAGCAGGAACCCGAGGGUGACUCUGUUAAUUAUGAAGAAAAAAUAGUUCAUGUUGAAGAUCUGAAAAAAUCAGGUAUUCUAGAGAAGUGGUGUAAAGGAGGUAUCAUGAUGCUGACACUUACUCGUGUACUCAUGAUUGGUCCUGCUGGAUCUGGGAAAACCUGUGCACAAUGUCUUCUACUUAAUGAAGAUCCUCCACCCUUAAAAUCUGCAUCUCAUUCACACACCAAUGCCCCAUCUGCCACUAGCUCACCACCUGCUGAUUCUGGCCUCACUCUAGUCUCUAAACAUACCACUGACAGUACACCAAUAGCUUGUAAAGCUGUCAAAGCUCUAAGAAUAGCUUUUGAUGGUAAAGAGACAUGGAACAGAAUCACUGAAGACAAAUUGUUGGAGCGAUUAGCAUUAAGUUUAAAAGAAGCUGUAGAAGAUAAUGCUGCUCAGCAAAUUCAGUUACAUUUGAAUGAAUCAGAGGAUGCCUUUAAAAAGGAACAAUUAAAAGAAACACAUGAAGAACAUACAGACUCUUGUAAUGAAGAGCAAAUUGAUUCAGAACCUGAUUCAAAGCAUUCAUCCUCUGAUCCAGAAGAAUCAGAAAGUGUCAAAGAAAGUAAGCAAGAAGAAACACUGGAGGAUAACAGUGACUUUGAAAAUGUUUUUAAGAACAUUGUUCAUCGUAUUUCUAAAGCAGGAGCUCAGUUAAGUGAGAAGUGGGUGUACAUUGUUGAUUCUGGUGGUCAACCAGCAUACCAAGAGCUAUUACCUGUGUUCACUAGAGCAGCUACUCUUAACAUCAUCACACUGGAUAUUUCAAAAGGUCUUGAUGAUAAGCUUGAGUUCAUGUAUCGAUUUAAUGGAGAAGAAUUUAAAUGUCAUGAUGAAUGUUCAAAUCGUAAGAUUUUCAAUUCUGUGGUUUCAUCAGCGUCAGUUCAGAAACAACUUGAUAUUCCAUUCAUGAAGAAAAAAAAAGAUGGUGAGCGUAAUAAGCCUAAACACUCAAUGUCUUUUGUUCUGGGUACUCAUUAUGAUGUACUGAUUGAAAGAACUAACAAAAAAGAUGCUGAGAAAAUGGUGAAGGAAAUUAGUAAAGAAUUAAUGUCUCAAAAGAACAUAUUGCCUCAACUAACAGAACGUAUCAUUGAAGUUCAUGAAAAUUCUGUAAUAUAUCCAGUUGAUACAUUGCAAAAAGACUCUGACAAAAGAGAAGAAAUUAGCAGAAAAAUUUUAGAGAAAAUGUCCAAAUGUACAGAAGUCACCAUUGAAAUAAAAGUCCCGAUGCAUUGCUUUGUGUUUGAGAUUUACUUGGAAAAAAAGGCAAAAGAUAAAGGUUUUGUUACUAAAAAAGAAGUUAUUAAAGAUUGUAAAAAAGAUCUUUACAUGAACGAAGAAGAUGUUGAAAUAGCUCUAACCUUUCUUCACAAUAGCACAAUCAUUUUAUACCUUCGUGAGAUCAAACCAGAACUAGUUUUCGUUAACCCUCAAAAAAUCAUUAACGUUCUUUCACAUUUGUUAGCUCUUACUUAUGUCAGUUAUCCAACACCAGCAACAUCACUGGUACCAAAUAUAUCACAGGAUGAGAUGACACAUCUUAAGAAAAGAGGCUGUUUCAAAAAAGUUCUUCUUGAAAAGUUUUCUGGUGUAUUCUCAAAUGAUUUCACACCAGAUUACUUUAUUAACUUGCUUCAACAUCUUCAUAUUAUUACAGAAUUGAAAAGCCAGUCCCAGGAUAGUAGCUAUUUCCUUCCUUCUGCUUUACCUGCCUACAAUAACAACUCUGAUAAUGAUCUACCUAAAGGUAUAAAGCCUCUUUACUAUGUGUGGCUAGAGCAGGCAAAAAAUGAAUCGGAAUCAAAAAAAAAUGUCCUUGUUCCUCAAGGAAUUUUUCCUUUAAUUUUUGUCCAUUUGCUUAAACAAAAAGAAUACAAGGUUGAAUUUGCUCCACACCUCAUGUAUCGUAAUGCUGUUUCACUUUGGGUCUGGAUCAAAGAAAAACGUUUUACACUUUAUAUCAUUAAUCGCUAUAAACAUAUUGAAGUCUAUUUCAAAGGUCGACAGGAUUAUCGUCCACGGAAAUAUUGUCCACAGUUUCGUGAGCUGAUUACUACAGCUAUUAAUAAAAGCUCUGUUGCCAUCAAUGUCAAACAGAAUUAUGCCAAUGCAUUUCCUUGUCCCAAUAAGAAAGAGCAGUGUUAUUGUAUCGUGGAUGAAGAGAAAAAGGCAGCAUAUUGCAAGUGUGAUUCAAGUGACAUCAGUAAAAAUGAUGAGGAGACUUACUCGUGCUGGUUUGGUCUUGAAUCUGACUCUAGCUCAGCAGGUAUAGAAGAAGAUGUUCUAUUGAACAUAACACAUUUGCAUGAUGUACGAAUGUUACUUAAAGAGGGUCAAUUUUCAAAUGCAAAAUGGCUUGAGUUUGGUCUUGGUUUGGGUUUAACUAAUACACUACAAGCAAUUAAGAGAGAUUAUCCGAGAGAUACUAAUGGUUGUGUUAGAGAGUGUCUAGUGAAAUGGCUGGAGAAUGCUGAUGUUGCAAAAGCAAACUUAAGCACAUUAAUUGAAGCUCUUAGAAAAUGUGAUCAAAAUGCAACAGCUGAGUACAUCAUAAGAGCUAAAAGUAUUGGACAAGAAGAGACUACUUCAAACGAAUAUUGUAAAACAAUUGAAGACCUUGAGAGUGCAACUAAAAAGAAUUUUUUUACAAAACUAACUAAAGAACAAAAGAAGUUUUUGGAAGAAAAAGUCCAUUACAUUCUGGUAACUGCCACACCUAUAGAGUACCGUGCUGUGAUGAGUGCAACUGAUCCUCCUGGCAGUGAUGAUAAAUAUAUUAAAGUCAUCACAGAAGAUAAAUCAGCACAUUUUAUUCUGGGGAAAUAUAAGUCAUGUCAUGUUGCAAUAAUAAGAACAGGCCAGGGUCCAGAUAAAACCGAUGAGGUUCUUACUUCAGUACGAAAGACAGUGAAAGCUAAGUAUGUCAUUGCUAUUGGGAUAUGCUAUGGAGCAAAGGAGAGUGAAACAAAAGAACUUGGAGAUAAAACAAAUUUAGGUGAUAUCAUUGUUGCUGAAGAUAUUGUCAACACUGAACAUCAGUGUAGUAAAAAAACAAAACCAAAAACAUACAAUUGUGGACACACAGAACUGUAUAAGUUAUUUAUACAUGAAGAUGUUUUUGAAUUUGAAGGCAAAAAUGUCAAAGUUCACACUCAAGGUGCCUUGGCCUCUGAGUUUACACUGCAUCGCAACGAAGAAGAAAAGCAAAAAAGAUUAAAUUAUGCCUCAGGAGCACUUGGAGGAGAAAUGGAAGCAAAUGGUAUACAUCGGGUUGCUAGGAGAGAAAAAUUUGAAUGGAUCGUAAUAAAAUCUAUCGUUGACUGGGGAAAUGAAAAAAAAGACAAAAAUUGGCAACAGUUUGGAGCUGUCUCGUGUGCACAGUUUGUUCUUAAAUACUUAUGCCAUACGCAACCUAGUGAGGAAAACCAGGCUAGCUUGUGGUGA